UUGACAAAAUAUUUGAACCAAUCAAUAGGGAAUAUCAACGGGAACUGGAGUUUGCCAUGACUUACCAGCACCGGGACGAUGAUCGUAUACUGGUGUCGUAUCCCCGGUCAGGUAGCCAUUGGGUUACCUAUAUUGUACAGUUGAUACUAACCGAUGGUAGACUAACGGAUCCGAUACGUGUUGAAGAUUAUACUCUGGAAACUAGGGGCCGGCAGGCAMUSGAUAUGAUACCUAAGCUGCUAUUGGCUAACAAUAGUAGUAGUAGUAGUAGUAGUAGUAGUAGUAGUGCCGAUAYCAGUCCCGUCACUACUAAUAAUAUACGUUAUUUUAAGACACACCUCAAACGCCAACUGUUACCUAUCGGCCGGCGGGCCCGGUAUUUGCUACUAGUGCGCAAUCCACUGGAUGUUUCACUAUCGGAAUAUCGGCUAAAUUGUUAUCACUGUCCUGAAGUACGGCUAGACUACCGUACCUAUUGGUUGCUGGCCAAUCGCCUAAGUCCUCAGCAGGUUAUGGGCAAUCAUUGGCAACAUUUAGCCGACUAUUGGUCGCUCAGGGAGUCGUCGUCGGCCGCCAAUAAUGUUCAGGUACUGGUCUAUGAAGAAAUGAAACGUCGGCCAAGAGAUGCCAUCCGAUUGAUUGCCCGCUUUCUCGGUGGCCAACAAUCGGUCGAUAGACUCGAUAGACUGGUCACAGAUAAUAGUACCGGUGCUGUGAAAGAGGAGACACUACUCGAUCGUAUUGAACGAUUGUCGUCGAUGGCCGAGAUGUCCAAACUGUAUGGCCAGACAGCGGGCGAUCAGUGGCGACUGAGUUUGGGAUCCAGUGUCGACAAAACUAAAUGUAUGACUCCCGAUGAUUGUCUGAAUAUUGUUGAGACAAUGCGUAAGGAAUGGGUUAAUACAGGUGGACUCCAGUAUCUAUGGGAACAGGAGAUGAUGUCAAUGUAG